GUUAUUUUAAAUAAAAUGACAUAAAAAUUCUAAGAACUUAAUAUACAAUAUACUCUUACUUGAAAUCAAUUUGAUGCAUGAUUGUACACUAAAUUUGAAAUUUGAUUUUGAUAAAACGCAGUAUUACAAGCAGGACUUAAAUUUAUAUUUGGGACUCCACUAGUGGUUGCCUUUUUAAUAUAUAAACGACGACGACGUCAUUUAUCAACAUAUAACUCCAUCGAAGAGUUCCUUCACAAUCAAAAUAAUCUUAGUCCUAUAAGAUACUCAUUCGAUGACAUAAAAAAGAUGACCCAAAACUUCAAGAUCAAACUAGGUGAAGGAGGUUAUGGCUCUGUAUUCAAAGGAAAGCUUCGUAGUGGUCGUAUUGUAGCAGUUAAGAUAUUGAGUAAAUCAAAGGGAAAUGGGCAAGAUUUCAUCAAUGAAAUUUCUACAAUCGGAAGAAUUCACCAUGUUAAUGUGGUUCAUUUAAUUGGUUUUUGUGUCCACUCCUCUAAGCAUGCUCUUGUAUAUGAUUUCAUGGCUAAUGGAUCUUUGGAAAAAUAUAUUUUUUCUCAAGGAAUUACCACUUUGAGUUGCAAGAAAAUUUUUGAGAUUUCACUUGGUGUGGCACGUGGGAUUGAGUACAUGCACCAAGGAUGUUUCAUGCAAAUAUUGCACUUUGAUAUUAAACCUCACAACAUUCUUUUGGAUGAAAAUUUUAUUCCAAAAGUUUCUGAUUUUGGAUUAGCAAGACUGUGUCCAUUAGAUAAUAAUAAUGUGUCGUUAACUGCUGCCAGAGGAACACUAGGAUACAUAGCGCCAGAGCUAUUUUACAAAAAUAUUGGAGGAGUUUCUAAUAAAGCUGAUGUGUAUAGUUUUGGGAUGUUAUUGAUGGAAAUGGCAAGUAAAAGAAAAAAUUUAAAUGCAGUUGCAGAAAAUACUAGCCAAAUUUAUUUUCCUUCAUGGGUGCAUGAUCAAUUAAGUAAGGGAAAAAGUAUAGAAAUAAACAUAUCAGAUAUAGAUGAGGUUGAUUCAAAAAUUACAAAGAAGAUGAUUAUAGUAGCAUUAUGGUGCAUACAACUAAAGCCAAGUGAUCGCCCUACAAUGAACAAAGUCAUUGAAAUGCUUGAAGGAGAAUCUGAAUGUCUACAAAUGCCUCCAAAGCCUUCCUUGUAUCAACUAGAGAAGCCUACUGAGCAAGCUCAAGAGAUAUCAUAUUCACUGCACUCAACAAUACCAUCACUAACACUACAAAGGUCGGUGCUAUGAAUCCUGAGCUAAACGCGAAAAGAAGAAGAAAUGGUGGGAAAAUGGAGCAUUUGGUGGUUGUUUGAGCCAAAUUGGCAUCAAGGAGGAGUUAGAAGAAGUUUUUGGUGCAUUUUUGAUGAACAAAGGACUAAAAAUUGUCAAGUUUUGAAUAAAUAGAAUUAGAGUUAUGGAAUGGGCUUAAGGGUAGCGGCUCUAGCAAGGUCAUAUGCUACCCAAGCCUGGCUUUAAUUAAUGUCGCGGCAUGCCCUUUAGGGUCGCGACAUGAUGAGUGGCAGACAGCAAAGGAAAAUCUAGGUGUGCACACGGGCCGCGACAUGGUCACCUUAGUGCCAUGACUCUUGAAGACGAAGGCGCAAACCUCCUUCACCACUUUGAAGACACGGGCCGCAACAUGAAUAAGCAAGGGUCAAGGGGCGCUUCUCUGAAGAGAAGAAAACAUGAUUUAGGUUUAAAAACAUUGGUGAUUAGGUUAUGAAUUAGGUUUCUAAUUACGAAUUUUAGAGAGCUUUUGACUCCUAAGCCUUAUUUAUGCACUUUUCUUCUUCUUUAAUUUCUUUCAAGCUUUUGAUGUUAAGGAGGAUGACAUUUAUCUUUAUUGUGUUAGCCAAGUUUUCCAUGAACGAAACAUUUUUUUUCUAGGGUGUAAUGUAGUCACUUUGGAUCUUGUUAAUUUUCUAUUAAGUGCAAUUUUAUUCUUCUUCUAU